AUGGACAAGAUUGGCCGUUACCUGAAACCUGCCAGCACUACGCUUGGCCUGCUUCCCCAUACGACCACUUCAGGCCCAAACGCGUCGAAGCUGGAAGCGCCCCUGAGGGCAAAACCAGGCUCGUGCUUGGACAACUGCAAUGGUCGAGGAAGCUGCUCCAAUGGCAAAUGCACAUGCGGCGCGGGCUGGACUGGCGAGGCGUGUGACAUUGCGACUUGCCCCAGCGACUGCAAUUCGCGCGGAUCCUGCGUAGGCGGAGUCUGCGCUUGCAACUACGCCUUCUAUGGCGCUGCAUGCGAAUACCCGCGCUGCAAAAACGAUUGCAAUGGCCACGGCUACUGUGACAGUGGCAACUGCGUUUGCAACGCCGGCUUCAAGGGCGCAGCUUGCGACGAAUAUGAGGAGCCUCAGCCUGUUGCACCAGCUGUUGCUACCCAAGCCCCCAGCGAGGAGGCAGCGCAGCGCCUGGCCACGUUCGGGGAGAAGGUCCGCAGCAUUGCUCCGCCCAGCUGCCCAGAGGACUGCAACCAGCGUGGCAGGUGUGAGCUGGAUGGCACAUGCACCUGCAUCGCGAACUACACGGGCCUUGCGUGCGAACACCACUGCCCCA